AUGGGUCGGCCCCUGGCCAUCAACGACGCCGAAAUCAGCGCACCGUACCCAGUGGACGUUUCAAGCUGGACUGAUAUCCACGGACGGCCAAGAAAGCCUACCUCCGAGAAGGGCGCCACCAUCCGACCUCACGAUCUGCAGUUGUUGAAGGAUGAGCUGGGAGACUGGAGGAAAAGCCUGCCCGCAAAUAUCAAUUUUCGAAACUUCACGGCCCGAUACGAGGCGCCCCUGGCUUUAACAUAUGGGCAGUCCAUCAUCCUACUGACCCGCUCUUGCUUGCACUACGCCAUCGCGACGUAUCGUCCUGUGAACAGUCUGGAGGCUAAUGAGACAAAACUUUUACGUCAACAGGCUCAAGAGUGUGUCAAUGCCGCAGUUUCUUCUAUCCGGGUAUUGGGUGCCCUAAAAGGUUUAUCUUUGUUAUGUCGCUUCUCCUUUCAUGAUUCAUUAUACUGCAGUUCGGCUCUAUACGUCCUAAUUUAUGCAAGUCGUAAGUUGGCGGGUUCUGUAUCUGUCCCUCAGAAAUCCAUCGUGCAGGGCAUUUGCAUUCUCCUAGAACUCGCAAAGGGAAGUGAAGCAGCAGGAUUAAGUUUGAGUGGCAUCACGCAGGCCCUUGCGAGAAGUCCUAGGAAUCCAAGUGCCGGCAAUACCAACAGCAGUACCCUCCGAAACACAGAAAAUGGCAUUUCUGGGGAACGGGAGCGGUCCGCUUGGAAGGCUUGGAAGAGGGCAGUGACAGAUCCCCAAUCUCAUGGCUGGGGUUCAUCUACGAAGAAUCCAAUGCCUUGGAACGGACCUAUGGCAGGUUCCUGUGUUCCAGCAUUUGGCCUUACCCCGGUAUCAGACCAGCCAAUACAAGCAAAAGUUUCAAGGUAUCCUUACAACCCACACCAUGAACCGAAUGAAGAUUUUAAUGGUGAGGAUAUGGGACCUCUACCUCUACAAGUUGAUGACGAUGUGGAUACAAUGAUCGAUAUCUCAAAUCUAGCACCUUACUGGGUACCGGAACACCCAGACUUUGACAAUGUAGGUCGAGGGCUUGGGUCAGCAUUAGAGCUAGACUUUUAA